GACGGGCCCGCGGUCGACCGCGGCGAGGUGUUCGAGAUGCCCAUGGAUCAGCUCCUCGGCGCGGCGGACGGCGUCGCGUCAAAACCGAUGACGUACGACGCCGCGAAGGCGUUCUUCGACGCGAGAUCGACGAAAACAGGACUGGAAGGGCACACGGUGCUGUCGUCGCAGUGGGCCGCGUACGUCGCGGGCGUCGUGCUCGUGUUGUUUCGAGAGCACGGCGUGAAGUUCACGCGCAACAAGACGGUGAAGUCGAAUAAAAAGGCGCACGACACGCUCUGCGCGUACGUCGAGUCGGACGUGCCGGAGGGCGCGGGCGUCGCGUCGAGCGCGGCGCUGGAGGUGGCGACCGCGAGCGCGCUGCUAUCUAUCGCGGGGGUAACGCUCUCGCCCAGGGAGUUAUCGCUCGCGUGCCAGAAGGCUGAGAACGUCGUCGUCGGGAGCCCGUGCGGGGUCAUGGACCAGAUGACCGUCGCGUUGGGGGUGAAGGAUGAGCUCCUGAAGAUCUCGUGCCGCCCCGCGGAAUUUUUAGGCACCGCGAAGCUCCCGAGCGCGUGCGCCGUCGUCGGCGUCGACAGCGGCGAGAAGCACAGCAACAAAGAGAGGACCGGGCCGUGGAGCGCGGGGACCGACGGCCGCGCGCGACCGAAUCUGAACCUGCACACCGGCUCCGACUACGCGUGCGUUCGCGUCUCGGCGUUCAUGGCGCGUCGAAUGCUGCAAAAGACGUACAACGUCGGCGCGCCACCAUCGGAGGUCCCCGGCGCGAAGAUGCGCGACCUCUCCCUGGACGACGACGUCGACGUCGGCUUGCUCGACGACGACUUGAGCGCGAAACCGCUGGAGUAUCUCACGGAGAUUCCCCCGCACGUGUGGGACUCGCCCGCGUUCGCCGAGCGUCUGCCGCCGGCGGGGUGCUUCAUGGAGGGUAAAAUUUUCCUCUCGCACUUCGCGGACAGGCACGGCGACGAGCCGCACACCAAGGUGCACCCGGACGGGCGGUACGACAUCGCGGGCGCGGGCGCGCAUCCGGUGUACGAGCAUCACCGCUGUCGCGUGUUCGCGAAGCUCGCGCUGGCGGCGCGCGCGAUUGAAUCGGCGUCGGCGUCGAGCGCGAGCGCAAGCGGCGGCGGCUUCGGCUUCGACGCGUCCGCGGCUCAGGAAGAAACGGACGAGACGUUGGCGUUGAUGGGCGAGCUCAUGUACCAAUCGCACGCGGCGUACAGCCGCCUGGGCCUCGGGUCCGACGCCACGGACACCAUCGUGCGCGCGUGCAAGAACGUCGGCCCGAACCGCGGGGUGUUCGGCGCGAAGAUCACCGGCGGCGGCCGCGGCGGCGUCGUCGCCGUGCUCCUCCGGAGCGGCGCGGCGGGCGCGGAGGCGUUGGAGCUCGUGCGACGCGAGGUGGCGUCCGUCACGGGGAAGCGGCCGAGGGUUUUUGAGGGGUCGAGCGACGGCGCGGUGAAGUUUGGAGCGCUCGACGUCGUCGUGUUGCCCGCGAAAAAAGCCGGGGAAGACUACGACCCGGGGUGCGUGGACCCCGACGACUUCUGAGGCCGAAGUACUUUCGUACUUUCGAAAGUACUUUCGUACCUUCGAAGGUACUUUAGCAGAUAUCGCCGACGCCGACGCCGACGAUCCCGCGCGCUGGGUGGCCGACGCCGACGCCGACGCCGAAGUCGCGCGCGCGAGCGCGACGGACGACGAAGCCAUCGCGUCGUCCUCGGCGCGUCUCCCUCUGGGCGCGACCCGCGACCGCACUGGAGGAAAGGGUUGACCGUGACCCUCGCCUCUGUCGCAUCAACGCCGAUUAUUCCGAGUGCUUCAAGCAGGCUUGAAAGGGGGAAUUUGAUACCGGAGGUCGGGUGAAAUCGUCAGCGUCGAUACUGGUCCAUCCGGUCGGAAGCUCGCCUUCUUCCCGACAAAAUCCUAACAGAGGGCUCGUUUCCCUCCGCACGAGGCACACUUCUCGACGCACGGCCGCACGCAUCGCGACCGCCGCAUCGACCGGUGACCUGAAGUGCACCGCCCGCCCGCGUUCGCAUCGACGCUCCGCGCGCACACGCGAACAGACACCGUCGCGUCGCGCGCGACAGAACGCUUUCCGCGCCCGUCGAUCGAUCGACCGGACCUUUUUCGCGG